ACUGCUUGAACUAUGGCAAGGCUUCUGCAUCUUGGUCUGUACUUGUUUAUUGUCCUCAGCUGCCACUUAACCAACUCACAUGUGGUAGAGUGGACUUACCAAGAAGGAGAAUUGGAUGAAGCAAAUUGGGGAAAAAAAUAUCCUACCUGUGCUGCCAAACAUCAGUCACCCAUAGACAUCCAGAGGAAGAAAGUCAGACACAAUCCCGAACUGACACAAUUAGAACUUAUUGGUUAUGAUGGACCAUUAACUGGUCACUUCAAGGUCACGAACAAUGGUCAUUCAGUUCAAAUUGACCUUCCUUCCACCAUGACUAUCAAAAAAGGGCUUAACAGCCUUUAUACCGCAGUACAAAUGCACCUACACUGGGGAGGACUUGAAUCUGAAACCAGCGGCUCUGAACACACAAUUGAUGGAAUGAGGUAUCUUGCUGAGCUGCAUAUUGUUCAUUAUAACUCAGGAGCUUACAAGUCGUUUGAUGAGGCAAAGGACAAACCCAACGGGCUAGCUGUGCUUGCAUUUCUGUAUACAACUGGAAAUUAUGAAAACACUUAUUACAGUGAUUUUAUAUCUAAGCUUGCCAAGAUUCGAUAUGCAGGGCAAGAGACAGAAAUGCACACGCUUGAUGUCAUGGCUAUGUUGCCUGAGAACCUAGUUAAUUUUUAUCGGUACGAUGGAUCCCUUACUACUCCUCCCUGCACAGAGAAUGUGCUCUGGACUGUAUUUGAUUCUCCAGUCUUCCUUUCAAAAACACAGAUAGAUUUGCUGGAAAACACUCUGUUGGACUGGCAUAACAAAACUCUACGUAAUGAUUACCGCCAUGCACAGCCAUGGCAUGACCGCACCGUAGAAGCUUCCUUCCAUCCAAAAAUGCCCAAAGACUCUUGUCAACAAGAAAUAUCAAAUAAACUCCUUCUUAUUGAGACUGAACUUCAAGAUAUGAAGAAGAGAGCGGAGAGCUCAAAAAGCAGGUUGCUGGUGUCAGGUUCCCCAUCCUAUCCCUCCUUUUACUUCUCCAAGGAUCACCUAGCUGCCCGUGUGGAAGUGCGACCUGCAGAGUCCAUGAAGAUGGCUCGUUUCACAAUCUGUGUUUGGGUGAGGACCAAGAACGAAGGCUCUCAGACCAUAUUCUCCUAUUCUACAAACAACAGAGAUAAUGAACUUGUUCUGAGUGUAGGUAAUGAUAUAGGCGUGUGGAUAGGAGGGGAGUUUAUUAACUUCAAUAUCCACCACACAUCAGAAGACUGGGUUCAUUACUGUGUAAGCUGGGACUCACAAAAUGGAGCUGCAAAACUGUGGGUAAGUGGGUUGCCGGGCAAGGAGAAGACUAUUCAGCAUGGGUAUGAGAUCCAAGACAAAGGUAUGAUUUUACUAGGAAAAAACCCUGAUGAUCCCUUGGGAGUUUUUUCCAGUGGGUAUGUUGGAUGGAUUAGUCAACUUCAUCUCUGGAACUAUCUGCUUGAACCUGAACAUAUCAAGUCAUUGAACCAAUGUAAUAUGCUAGUUGCUAAGGGGAAUGUUGUAGCUUGGGGGGAGACAAAAAUGUCAAUAUCUGGGGGUGUUAUUCUGGAGCCUGAUAACAGCUGUUAGUGAUACAAAACUCUAUUUUUAUGUGAUAAGUACUUUUGCAUUAACUUCUUGUUUUGUUAUAUCAUGUUCAUAUUGUUACACAUGAAACACUCUUGGACUGUGAAAGCAAAUGAUCAUAAAAUAAAAUUCAUUUUAUGGUUA